AUGCCCCAAGACGAACCGAAACGGAAGAGGACCAAGUCCGAGUACGACUUGAUGCUGGUCAAGAGGCGGAGGUUUCGUCCUGCAAAGGCUUGCUAUCCAUGCAGGCGGCGCAAGGUCAAAUGCGAUCUCAACCAGCCCUGUGAGAGCUGCAACAUCCGCGGACACCCAGAUCUGUGCGAUUAUGCUACACCCGCGCAAGCAAAUGCCUUGCAUAAGGCUGGCAAUGCCUCGAUUGUAGGCAAAUCACAUCCUGCGAGUGAUCACGAAGAUGCAUUGCCCACUCCCAAGGAAGAAUUGCCCACUCCCAAGGAAGAUAAGUUGACAGGGCUUUACGUGAACUCCGUCGCGCCAUACAACACAAAGUUGCACCUAGGGCCGGAUUCACUCCCCAGUCUUCUUGCGAAAUACCAGAGCCUCAGCUCCAACCAACAUCACCAAGAACGGAAUAACUCUAAUGGGGCUGCCUUCAAGCCACCGACAAAUCCGCAAACUAUUUUCGAACUGCUUUGUCUGCAAGAUUCUAGUACAGUCUCACCAUUUACCAAUCUGUGGAAACCGGAAGACGGCCCUGAAGUUGUUUAUAAUGCGCUGCCCGAAGAUGAAUCUUUGACAGGCUAUGUUCGCUUUUUCCAAACCUCUCUCUUCCGCAUUUUGCCUUUUACCAUCAAUUUCACUCAACUAGAAGCUGUUCUGUCGGACUUCCUUCAUGAGCGAGCAAAACACCCUGCAGAGACUUUACAAAGCCCUCCAUCUGCUUGCACACUGACGUGGUUUGGACUACUGUUCGGCAUUCUGGCGUGCGGCGCACAGCUUGGGUCUGAUCAGGAGUCCGAAUUGAUCAAGGCUCGUGUUUUCGCAUGCUGUUCAUUCCAGUGCCUAAGGCUGAGCAAUUUUAUUUCUUUUCCUGACAUCCACACUAUUCAGGCUCUCAUAUUACUUGUAAACUUUCUACAGAAUCAGGCCAAUGCGGGGGCUUCUUGGUCAAUUCUCGGUAAAUACUUCAGCUUUGAUUCCGCCUAA